AGAAAAAAAAAAUCUGGAAGAAAAAAAAACUCGACUAAACCUAUAUGCCGCUUCGCUGUGCGGCAGUCAUAAUAACGGCUUCAAACUCAUGAUACACUGACAGAGAAUGAAGUCUUUGACAUCAGUGAAGUCUGUCAAUGCAUGCCCAGAAUGAUAUUGCACUGUGUAAAGCUGUUGGUAAGACCAUUUUAGCUGGUUUUUAACUAGGUUGGUACUGUGUAACUGCUAAAUGGGUUAUAUUGACACCAACGGGCAUAGGCUAUACAUGGAUGAUACAUGAGGCAACUUUUUGAGCAAUGUUGAAGGGAACCACAUUCCCUUAAGUUUUUAGGUUACAUGUUUCUGUUCCUGAUAUGUACCUCAAGAUAUUACAACAUUGGACACAAUCUGACAAGUUUUUACAUCAAAGGAAGAAGGUGAGAAGAGGAAGUGACAACAUUAGACACAAUCUAACAAGUUUUUACAUCAAAUGAAGAAGGUGAGAAGAGGAAGUGACACUGUCACUUUGGUCAUGUAUACUCCCCUCACUCCUAUUUAAAAGAGUGAUGUGGAGUGCUAUUAACAACCCUGACUGCUAUUAAUAAUCCUGACUAUACUUCUGUCAUUUUCAUUUCCAAAAAUGCUCUCAGAGCCAAACCUCACAACUCCAAUUCCUGAUGGUGAUGGUGGUGGCUGUCCACCAGUCGGUGUUCAACUGAAAGGCGUGAUCUUAACAUUCUUCACCACUGAUUUCAUACUGGGGUUGUUUGGAAACACACUCGCCCUGUGGAUCUUCUGCUUUAAACUGAAGGCUUGGAACCCCAACAACUUGUUCCUCUUCAACCUGGUCAUUGCAGACUUCCUGGUUCUAGUGAGUCUGCCAUUGAGUAUCGACACCUUUCUUAGGGGCUAUUGGAUAUUUGGAGAUGGCUUGUGCCGGAUCCAUUUCUUCCUGAUGUUUUCCAGUCGUUCGGCCAGCAUUGCAUUGAUGACUCUGGUGGCCAUUAACCGGUACUUUAAGGUGGUCCAUCCUCACCACUACUUUAACCGCAUGACCAAGCAGCAGGCUGCAUUUGUUUUGCUGUUUGUCUGGCUCCUGGUGAUCAGCACUAAGGUUCCCAUGCUGACAUUCAACCAUAUCAAGAACAUCCGCAACAACACCCAGUGCUUAUUCUUCCUUUCAUACAAGGAGGACGGUUCCACAAUCCUGGUGGGUACAUACCAUAUCCUGGCAGUCCUCGAGUUCAUCCUCCCACUGGCCAUGCUGCUCUUCUGUUCCAUCCAGAUCUCCAGCUCCUUGAAGAAGCGACAGAUGGGAAAACUGGCCAAGGUGCGCAAGGCGAUGAGAGUGUGUGUCGUUAUUGUCAUGGUGUUCAUGGUUUGCUUCCUGCCCACCACAGUGACGACCAUCGGGGUGUUGGGCAUCCACUUGUAUCGCCCAUGGGACUGUAACGCCUUCUACACCUUCACCCAGAUCAACAUUGUGUCCUUUGGGUUGAACUUCCUGAACUCUGCCCUGGACCCCAUCAUCUACGUCUUCUCCAGCACCAUGUUUAGGAGGGCGCUGUUGGGUGCUCUGCCCCGUGCCCUGCGCUGCGGACAGGACACAGAGGAGAGAACUCAGUCCACCAUCCAGCAAGAGCUGAAGUCCAUGAGAGCUGACAGCUGGAGGCCAUACAGCCCGUGGGCUGGACCCAGUGUUCCAGUUGUGAGCAUGUUGACUGAGCCAAACCUCACAACUCCAAUUCCUGGUGGUGGUGGUGGUGGUGGUGGUGGCAGUGGCUGUCCACCAGUCGGUAUUCAACUGGAAGGCGUGAUCUUACCGCCAGUCCUCACCAUUGAUGUCAUACUGGGGUUGCUGGGAAACAUACUCGCUCUGUGGAUCUUCUGGUUUAAACUGAAGGCUUGGAACCCCAACAACUUGUUCCUCUUCAACCUGGUUAUUGCGGAUUUCCUGGCUCUGGUGAGUCUGCCACUGAGGAUUGAUGCCUUGCUCAGGGGCCACUGGGUGUUUGGAGAUAUCUUGUGCCGGAUGAACCUCUUCCUGAUGUUUUCCAAUCGCUCAGCAAGCAUCGCACUUAUGACUGUGGUGGCCAUUUACCGCUACUUUAAGGUGUGCCACUCUCACCACCGCUUCAACCGCAUGACCAAGCGGCAGGCUGCCUUCGUGUCGGUGUUCGUCUGGCUGUUGGUGAUCAGCCCUCGGGUUCCCAUGCUGGCUUACAGCCACAUCAAGGGCAGCGGUGACAAGACCCAGUGUUUCUUCUUCACUUCUUACAAAGAGGCGUCCCGUGGCAUCCUCAUCUUGGUCGGCAUGCACCGCAUCCUGACAGUGCUGGAGUUCAUCCUCCCAUUGGCCAUGCUGAUGUUCUGUUCCAUCCGAAUCUCCAGAUUCCUAAAGAAGCGAACAAUGGGAAAACCUGGCAAGGUGCGCAAGGCGAUGAGAGUGUGCGUCGUUAUCGUCACGGUGUUCAUGGUUUGCUUCCUGCCCACCACGGUGACGACUAUCGGGGUGUGGGUCAUCCGCUCGUAUCGCCCAUGGGACUGUAACGCCUUCUACACCUUCACCCAGAUCACCAUUGUGUCCUUUGGGUUGAACUUCCUGAACUCUGCCCUGGACCCCAUCAUCUACGUCUUCUCCAGCACCAUGUUUAGAAGGGCGCUGUUGGGUGCUCUGCCCCGUGCCCUGCGCUGUGGACAGGACACAGAGGAGAGCACAGUGUCCUCAGCAAGAACUCAAUCCACCACCCAGCAAGAGCUGAAGUCCAUGAGAGCGGUCAGUGGGAGUGAGGCCAUAUCAUAAGUCUCACCCUCAGGCUUCCAGUUCUUGGGACUAAGAAAAAUAUGAAUGGGUGUCAAAGUGACAGAGAUAAAUAAUUGUUUGGUCUCGUUUGAAUUGCGGCAUAAAUUUCACUAGCCUGGUUAACACCAGGACAUUGAAAUUGAGAGUGGGUUUGGAAAGGCUUCAUUGACUUAUGACUUCCAGGGGCAUAAGCAGUAGUGAAAUUAAACUUAAAUUGGUGCAUUAAACUCUUACCUAAUCUUU